AUGAGGUUGUUUCGUUCUUCAAGGGAAAAAAGAUCAGGAAGCUCAGAUAACGAGGAUUCACUGUCGUCACAUAGUCACCCGGAUGAGUCACCGCAGAAAUCGUUGUUCAGAAGCAUGGGACACAUGUUUAUAAGAUCGCCGAAGAGGAACAACGAACACCUGCAACAUCGCAUAGGAACACCCUCAAGCACACUGAGACUGUCAGACGAGAUCGUGGGAGGAGGGAAGACUGAGAGAAGAGGAUGGUUCUCAAGGCUCAGCGACUCGAGCAGCAUGAAGUGCGAAAGCGUGACGUCGAAGUCAAUGGAGUCAAACUCGCCAAACUCACUGGACGACCCGUACAUGGUAGAUAACUCAGUGACGUCACUGUCACUGUCGCCACUGUCACUCAAAGGAUACGACGAGGAAAACAUAGACCAGACACUGGACCUGCAGCCAAUGAGAGGAUACAGCCAGUGGGAUCGAUUCAGAAAGGAGAAGACAGCAAGGUCGCUGAGCAAGGACACAAUCAUGCUUAACGACGAAGUGAUCCAGGUGGGAGGAAGAUACAACACGGCACCAUUCGUAUCGAGUUCAGAAGAAAGCGAUUUUGAAAUCAAACACGCAUCAGGAAUUAACGUUAACAACAAUCCGACAUUCGACAACAAUCUGUGGUUCUACGAAGAAGAAGGAAACAAGGAGCAGAAGAGAGUGGUCAAGGAAAGGAACUUCUUCAACAUAAGAAGCAAGUUCUCAAACGCACACAAGACGCCACAGUCGAAGGCGCUGAAGCUGACAGGAGCGAAAUCGCAUAAACCAGGACAGAAGACAGACACGCUGAGAACUCAGGAGUCGCCGACAACAGAAGUCCAGUCGCAGAAAAUAGGCUCCUCAAUCACAUCAAAGGACCACAAGGUGAUAAAGCUGACGAACGAGCCGACGCACGAAAACAUAGAGUACGAACUGGAUCACGAGUACAAUAAGAAGAUCGAGGACAUAUUCACAAUGCCGCUGCUGCAGGACACGGCGCCAGCGAACAGGCCGGAGCUGUUCCAGAAGAAGCUAAUAGCGUGUCAGACAGUAGUGGACUUUGAUCCGAGGAAGCAGAUGCAGAAGGCAAUCGAGUUGAAGAGGCACAUCCUGCUGGAGAUCAUCGACUACAUAAGCACGACGAGGAACUGCAUCAACGAACGCAUACUGCAGGACGUUAUCGACAUGUUGUCGUCGAACGUGUUUAGAACGCUGCCGCAAAACCCGAAGAAGCUGCAUCUGUACGACGCAGAAGAAGAUGAGCCGACUUUGGAAAAAAGCUGGCCGCACCUGCAGAUCGUGUACGACGUGUUCCUGAGAGUGAUCGUGUCGAACGACGUGACCUCGAAGAUGGCGAGAAACGCAAUCGACAAGACGUUCGUGCUUAAGCUGCUGGACACACUUAACUCGGAGGACCAGAGAGAAAGAGACUAUUUGAAGACAAUCCUCCACAGAAUAUACGGAAAAAUAGUGCCACUGAGAAACUUCAUAAGGAAGGCAAUCGAGAACGUGUUCGUGCACUUCGUGUACGACACGGAGGUGCACCACGGGAUCACGGAGCUGCUGGAAAUACUGGGCAGCAUCAUCAACGGGUUCGCAAUCCCGCUGAAGGAGGAGCACAAGCUGUACCUGAGGAAGGCGCUGGCGCCGCUGCACAGGCCGAACUCGCUGAAGACGUACUACCAGCCGCUGAGCUACUGCAUGAUCCAGUACAUCAACAAGGACAGGACGCUCUCGGCGACGAUCCUGAAGUGCAUACUGACCUACUGGCCGACGGCGAACUCGCAGAAGGAGAUCCUCUUCCUGUACGAGCUCGAGGACGUGCUCUCGCUGACGGAGCUGCCGGAGUUCAACCUGGUGAUCACGCCGCUCAUGAAGAGAAUUAAGCUCUGCCUCUGCUCAAUGCACUUCCAGGUGGCGGAGAGGACGCUCUCGAUGUGGAACAACGAGAGAAUAGUGCGCCUGUUCAACAUGACCAAGAGCGCGAUCUACCCAGUGCUGGUGCCAGUGCUACACGAAAACUCAAACACCCACUGGAACGCAGCAGUGCGCGCAGGCUCCUUCAACAUCUGCAAGCUGCUGAGCGACAGCGACCCGCAGCUGUACAACCAGUCAAUGGAAAUGUUCAGCCAGGACCAGGUGAUCCAGGAACACGCGGAAUUAUGGGACAAACUGGAGUCUUCCUUAAUAAACAAGGACCACCUGGAAAUUACGACACCAUUGCCCCCUACCAGGGUGAUCCCGCACAUUAGGAACAGGGCAUACAUCACAGUUUAUGUAAACCGUCUAGCUAAAAUGGCGGAGCUAGUUGAAAAACUCGACGCCAAUAACAUGACUGAGCAGGCUGAAGGGCCCGCUACCAAUAGAUCGAAACCUGAAUCAGUGAACGAAGAGUACACAGGAGCACGAUUCAAGAGCAAGGAGCAUCUGGAAGAAGAAAAACACACAGCAGUAACACAAACAGUGAUAAUAACGAAGGAACCCUCAAAAGAUUUCACGAAUUUUAAACUAAUGGAGAGCAACACACCAGUGUGUCACCUGCUCUACGAAGACAUAGACAACGGGUCCUUUUACCUGCAAUGGAAGCCUAACUCGUCGGAAGAGUUCAAAAGCUCAGUUUUAAUGAUGGUACCGGAGAAAACAGUGCCUAAGUUUAAGCUGACGCAGGACGGAGGAAGGGCUGCCAUGAGCCACAAAGUAGCGCCCGACAAAAUGAAGUUCUACUCGUGCAUGUGCCAGUUCCUGAAGCUGGCCAAGGACUACAACUCGAAGUUCCAGCUCAUGCCGGCGUGGGCCACAGUGAUGCCGUACAAGAGCGACCUGUACCUGCACUUCAAUGACAACAGAGUGGUUAAAGUGGACAUGGAGCACGCGACGCUCGAUGACGUGAACUGCGUGGCAGUGGUCGGGACGAGCACGAGGCUGUCAAUUAAAAUGAGCAGAGAGCAGUUCGUGACUGCAGUGAGGAACGUGGGCUAUGCACUGACAUUCUGA